CCGACUUGGGUGCAUUGUGUAUAAUAAGUCCAGGUCAACGAGUUUAUAAGCUCUCCCGACGUCACCAUUCACUUGCUGGGCUGAUUUCCCGGGCCUAACAAACCUAGCAUGAGACGAUCUUUUCGAUCUCUUUGCGCCCGCUGCCUGCGUGUCUCUGCUCGCUGUACUGCAGACGCUUGAGCUGACCUUGAAUGCAGCUAGGCAGGCGCCCAAUAGGCGCGCGAGCAACUGAGCGACCGACAAGAAUUGAGCACCCCUUGAGUUUGGGUGACGCCGCCCAUGUGACGAGAGGCGACGGGCGACGGGCGCCUCGUAUUUGCGAUGGCCUCUGACUCUAACCACGAGCCCAAAGUGCCCUUGCGGGUCUCCAACCUUAAGGCGUAUGUGUGGGACGUCGAAGAUGUCGCCACCCUACGCGCGAAACACCAUAUUUGCGGCGUCCUCGCCGGAACGCUACCCCAUCUCUCGCAACAAAAUGUGUUCUUGGGGCUCCCGCUCGUGUUACUCCCGGAAGAAGUCGUUCUUCUGAUGGAGAGACAGCUUGCCGUCCUAAUCGAUGACCCCAACGCCCACACACCCCCUUCUGCCGAGGCCCUCGCCCACUGGAACGCCGUCAGAGAUUCCUCUGCAAGGCAGCAGAUUGUUGCUGCAGAGACAGAGAGGCAGUCAGAAAAGGCGGCAAGACUGUCGAGUUCGGAGGACGCCAUUCGCAAACGUCAAGAACGGGAGGCAAAGAGAGCAGCAGCGGCCCGUGCGAAGGCUCUGGCCGAAGGACUUGCCGUAGACGAGGUGCUACUACCGUCUCCUGCGUCUGCGCCGGUGGAGGACAGACCUGCGACUCUGAGCAAGAAUCUGGUGCACACGUUCAACGUGACCAUCCCGGCAAGCUCUUCGGAGCUUGUAUGGUAUGCGUCCGCCACAUCCACAUACUAUACUCUCGAGACAGCGCGAGAGGCUGGCGUGUGGACCUACCCCGCCACCCCUUACGAGCGCGCCAAGUGUCGGGUCUACCAAGACCUCUGGGAAAAGGGAAGCUUCAUGGGUGGUGGUAUCAAGUUCGGUGGUGACUUCUUGGUCUAUCCCGGAGACCCAUUGCGCUACCACUCGCAUUUUGUUGCGACCGUUGUCGAGUCUCCCGAGGCGACGUUGAUGCCCAUGGAGAUCGUCGCGCACGGACGGCUCGGGACGGCUACGAAGAAAUCACAUCUGUUCUGCGAGUGGGACGAAGAUAAGGAGCAGGUCACGUAUUUUUCCGUUGAGUGGUCAGGAUUUGGUUGACGUCGACAUGCAUUUAUUCCACAUCGUAAUUCAUCACCUUUGCUCCGUCUGCGUUUCUGGCACGUCUCCAUCAUGUGUCCGCAUACUUCCUCGGCGUAGUACCAAGGCGGCCGAGUGCGAGAUGGUCGAGAAGCACACGACGAAUGUGCGGAUUGAAAUAUUGGACACCGAGUGGGGAGCUCGUAUAUCCGAUCUAUGCAUUCAUCGAAUUGCUCGGUCAUGUGUCCUGGGUGCAUAUGUCACCAUUCCCGCGUCACCAUCGUUCACCUCGGUGUACGAUGGUGUGUAUUCAAUUUUUUCGACCGUCUGCCUUCUGCACUGUGUUCGUCUCAAAACGAUGGUUCAACCGCCCUUGGACAAAAUCUCCUACAUGUACACGGUAGCUGCAAUAGACGUCUAGUCACUACGGGUCCUACAACAUAAUCAGUGAUCUACACAAGCGAACGAUGGUGACUACAAGCCGGUACACGAGAAGGAUAGAGCAGAUAUAGU